AUGGUGACGAUCUGUACCUACAAUGCACGUACUCUUGCAUCGGAGUCUUUGUUAGAAGAGUUGCUCAUGCAAACAAGAAGGAUAAGGUACGACGUCAUCGGCCUGGCCGAGACGAGAAGUCGCCACCCAUUCAACGCCGUCCAUGGCACCGGAGAAGAUCUGUUCCUCGCAACAUGCGGCAGAAGAGGACUCGACGUUCUCGUCAACACGAGUUUGUCCAUGAACAUCGAUUUAUUCGAACGGCUUACAACCCGAAUCGAACGUUUACGAUUAAAAAGACGUGGAUCAAUACCGGCUUUGGCAAUCUUUGUGGUUUACGCACCGACAUCAAACUAUGACAAGUAA